UACCCCACCAGCAGCCAGCAAUGGCCACCAUGGAUGUCCUCAUUGAGGACAGAGACGCAGUGGACAUGGAGCAGGUGGGAAUGACGGUGGUGCUGGAGAACGUGGAGAGCGUGGAGAACAUGGAGGGCGUCGCGCGCACCGAGAACGUGGAGUACGCCGAGGUGCAGGCGGAAGAGCUGGUGGGCGCCGGUGACGAAGACGACUGCGACGACGGCCUCGGCGUCGCCGACGACGCCGCCGCCGCGGUGCUAGCCUGCAAAGCCGAGACGUCGGAGCUCCGCGGGGAGGAGGACGAGGAGGAGGAGGAGGAGAAGGGCGACUUGAAGGCCGAGGCUGAGAACGAGGCCCCGGCGGCGGGGAACGGCGAAGACGACGCCGACGGAACCGGCAAAGUCGUCGGCGGCCCCGGCGCGCUCCCCGUGAAGCGUCAGCGGCGUCGUCGCCGCACGGCCAAGCGGCAGGCGUGCGCCCGCUGUGGCGAGGAGCCCGGCAGCACGGCCCUCCUGCGAGCCCACGUCGCGUCCGGACACUGCACCGCCUCGGCCGACGGGAGCAACGCCGCCGCCGCCGGGAAGGUCGGCAAAGGCGGCGGCGGCGGCGGCGGCGGCGACGCUCCCUUCGGCUGCAAGCUGUGCGACCGCGUGUACCGCGACCUGUCGGGACUCGCCUACCACGAGCGCACGCACUCGGGCGAGCGGCCGUACGCGUGCCCCCGCUGCGGCAAGGCCUUCCGCUCGUCGUCGGGCCUGACGCGGCACGCGCGCAGCCACGAGGACGCGCGCCCCUACGCGUGCUCCCGCUGCGGCAAGACCUACCGGGACUCGUGGGGCCUCGAGUACCACCUGAAGACGCACACGGGCGAGCGGCCGUACGCGUGCGGCGAGUGCGGCAAAGCCUUCCGCGACUCGGCGGGCCUCGUGUACCACCGGCGGGCGCACGCCGACGAGCGGCCGUACGCUUGCCCCGAGUGCGGCAAGGCGUUUCGCAGCUCGUCGGCGCUGGCCCGGCACCGGCGGUCGCACGCCGACGCGCCGGGGCACCACUGCGACGACUGCGGGAAGGCCUUCCGGGACCCGUUCUACUUCCGCGUGCACCGACGGUCGCACGCCGGCGAGGCGGCGUCCGCCAAGAGCUAGGGGCUCGCCGGCGGCGGCGGCGGCGUUUUGCCGGCGGCGGUGCCGGCGGCCGCGAUGUUGCCGCGGGAUUUUUUUUUUAGUACGGCCCUUGGGCACGGUGGGGGGGGGG